AUGUAUCAACAAAAUGAGACAAUUACAAGAGAUGAAUUGAGACGUUAUGUAAAGCACAAUCAUUUAGAUGAAGGGAUGAUAACGAGAUGGCAAGCAUUAUUUGAUCCAACAAAUACUGGUAUUAUAACAUUUCAAAAAUUUUGUGAUGUCCUCGGUGUAAAACCGGAACAAGCACGUACUCUUCGGAAGAGUGUUGUCAAUAACCGACCACUGCCGAAAGAUUUACAAAUAAUCUCCCAAAAUAUGUCACCAGAAGAUCAAUUCCAAAUAUUUGAAUUUGUUCGAUCACUGUUAGAUAAAAAUUUAUCAGGUCAAGAUAUGACACAAAUGAUAAAACAAUGGCUUGAUAAGACAUUCGACCCUUCAUGGCAUGUUGUUAUAAUCGAUGGUUCAUAUUGGAUAUCGUAUUCACAUUUACCUGAACAAUCUCUACAAUUUCGAUUGAAAGAAAAGUGUUAUUUAUUGUCUACGCAAAAUACUUCGGAUCCAUUGGCCAGACACCAUCUGCAACAACCUACUGUAAGAGAGAAGAAACUAGAUCCCAGAGGAGGAAGAAAUCAGGAAGAAACGCUGGAAGUGGAUAGGUCACACAUUGAGGAAAGCACCCAACUGCGUCACAAGACAAGCCCUCACAUGGAAUCCUCAAGGCCAAAGGAGAAGAGGAAGAUCAAAGAACACAUUAGGCCGAGAAAUGGAGACAGACAUAAUUGGAUGAAGUUAUUUCAAUUAAGAAAGACUAAUCGUCUCAGUCUAGAAGAUAUUUGUGAACAUCUACAAUUAAAUAUUGGAGAUGUUCGUCAACAAAGAAGUACACAACUAAAAUCAGCCGAAAAUUCAUUAUCAUCCUACACUGAUAAUCAACGGGUACUUGGAAAUGAUGUACAGGUGAUCGUUGAUCAGAUGCCAAUGGAUAUGAAAUUAAAAAUUACAAAUGAAUUUAGAAAACUAAUCACAGAUAAUGUUGAUUUCAAUGGACUAAAAUUAACAGAAUAUAUGAAACAGUUUAUGGAUAAAAAUUUCUCUUCAUCUUGGGUUGUGCUAAUUGUCAAAGGUUCAUAUUCAACUACAUUUUUGCAUCUUGAGGAUUGUGCAUUUCAAUUUCUUUUGUUGUUUGGAGAACAUUUUUUGGAUUUAAUUAGUGUAUUUUCAAAAAUCGAUACAAACUAUGAUGAGAUUAUCACUAAGGAAGAAUUAGAGAAAUUCGCCAAAGAGAAUCAUCUGGGUAAUCGAAUGGUUCAAAGAUGGUUUGAGCUAUUUUCGGAAGAGACAACAAACCAAAUUACACUUAAUAAUGAAAAAAUGCGAAGAAAUACAAUUCAACAACAUUCAGCAUUGUUUAAACUUGGCUCAGACAUUGAAUACAUUUCUGGCGAUAUGAUGUUACCACAACAAAUCAAUGUCAGCAAUGAAGCCAGAAAAUUAUAUCAAGAAUAUGAAUGCGACAAUAAAAUAUCGAUUGCUACAAAGCUUAAAGAAUUUCUAGAUAGAGCAUUUGGUAGGUCAUGGCAUGUUACGGUAGUGGAUGGUUCCUUUGCCAGUUCAUAUACACAAGAAGUUAAUACUUCAUUUCACUUUAAAAUGAAAAAUCUUUGUUAUCUUAUAUGGAAAACACCAGAGUACAUAGAUGAAUAAUUGAUAAAAUGAUUUCAGUAAUAAAUGUAUUCAAGCAGUAAAAACGUGUUUUUAAAUAUUCAAAGCGAAUCUCGGAAGUUCUUCGUUGAAAACAUUCAUUAUUACACGAGUAACUAAGUGAGAAGAAUAGUUCAUAUUCAGAGUUACACACGAAGAAACCGUUAAGAACGGUGAACACGACGUAGAUAUCAGUAAAACAAUGAGUCACUAACACUCGUCUCAGUAGUGGAUUACAAAAAGUAUUUCAUUAAGUGAAAUGAAUGGG